AUGCAAGAAACUCUUUCUACGACUAAUGCCGAGUUGGAAAAGGCGCAAAAUUUGGUUGCUACAUUAGAGAAUGAUUUGACAAAUAUGCAAAACGGGGUUAGCGCAUAUCCUUCUGCUCCUUCCGUGGCCGGAACAUAUACAAGUCGCUAUCCCCAAUCAGCAAUCGGCCAAUUUGCGUCGAGGAACCGGAGGAUAUCCCCCACAUCAUCAAUUAUAUCUGGAUUUGAUCCCAGGACGCCCAUGGGCAGCACACCUGUGGACGUCCUUAGAUCAGGCGAGCCUGUAGGGGGAGGUUCUGGUAUUCUUCCCAUGAUUACCGCUCAGCGUGAUCGAUUCAAGAAGCGCAACUCAGAAUUGGAGAACGAGCUUUCCGAAAGCCACCGUACGGUAUCGUCACUUAGACAGGAAAUUUCUGCUUUGCAAAAGGAUAAUUUGAAUCUGUAUGAGAAGACAAGAUAUAUAUCAACAUACAAUCGAGCGGGUCCAACAGCUUCAUCGGCCUCAUCUUAUGCUACCAACCCCAAUCCAUCUACAGUUCAGAUUUCCUCAUCGACUUCUUCUGGACUUGCAUUAAACCGAUACCGUUCAGCAUACGAAUCCAAUAUAUCGCCUUUCGCGGCAUUCCGUGGACGAGAAUCGGCUCGUGCAUAUAAACGUAUGAGUCUACCCGAAAGAAUAGUCUUCUCAAUCACCAGAAUGGUAUUAGCGACUAGAACUAGUCGAAACCUCUUCGCAGGUUAUUGCGUGGCACUUCAUUUGCUGGUAUUCUUUUCUCUGUAUUGGUUAGGUAGUGUGGAUGUAGAUCAACAUGGAAGUCAUCUAGGUCAAGCGGUUGCAGCUGCUGGAGGUGCGAAAGGACUUGCUGAUUCUGCGGCGGAUGCGCAGCAUGGAGAUUGGCACCAGGAAGGAUUUGAUGGGAAGGCUUCUUGA